GUUGCCAACGUCAUGCCCCGCUGGCUACUGCUGCCGCCGCCGCCGUCGCCGGCGGCGGUGCGCUCGGCCCGCCGCUGCCUUCCCUCCGUUACCUUUCCUCUCCAGGGUGUAUCAGGCCGGCGCUUCGUCGCGCCUUCGUCUUCAUACCCCGCCAAUAAUCUCUGGGGAUGGUGCACCAUCCGCCCCUACGCCAUCGGCGUGUCGCCACGAGCUACCCUGCCGGAGCUCCGCCUGACUGACGAAUCAUCAACGUUCCGGGCAAAGCUGGACACUCAGACUCCUGCAAAUGUGAUGACCGAUGAGCUUAUCUUGAACAAAAACCACACAAAAAAGUCAGAGCAGUGUUAGAUCGUCCAAGGCUCCAAGCAUCUUCAUGCCAUUCUCCUUCUCUUCAUUGGCUCCAUAUGAAAGCAGCUCCUUCCUUUUGAUCAUAGGGUGAAAGAAGUCUGAAUAGGUAUGACUCCCCUCCCAGUUUUCGUCCUCCUGUCAUUGGUUUGUUUCUGCAUAUCCGAUGACCGCCUUACUACCGCAAAACCGCUCAAUGCCCGCGACAAGCUCGUUUCGAGCGGCGGUGUCUUUGCUCUUGGCUUCUUCACCCCGGCAAACUCAACUGCGGACACAUACAUCGGCAUAUGGUACAACAAGAUUCCCCAGCCCACUUAUGUGUGGGUUGCUAACCGCGACAACCCAAUCAAGAAUGGUUCUCCUGGGAAGCUGGUUAUGAGCAGCAACUCUGACCUUGUCUUGUCUGACUCCCAAGGCCGCACUCUCUGGACAACUACAAACAACUUCACAUCCGCAACCACGGGAACUGCUGCUAUACUGUUUGACUCCGGAAACUUGGUCAUCCAGUUGCCGAACGGCAAACACAUAUGGCAGAGCUUCGAUUACCCAACCGACACCGCCCUCCCUGACAUGGUUUUACCACUGAGCACAAAUGAUGGUAUCUUGAGGCGCCUCGUUGCUUGGAAGGGCCCUGAUGACCCGGCCACCAGCGACUACUCCAUGGGUGCUGACUCCAGCUCAGACCUCCAGGUUGUCAUCUGGAAUGGGACGAGACCAUAUUGGCGCAGCUCUCCGUGGGAUGGGUCAUUGGUCUCUGCCCUGUAUCAAAGCAUUACUGGCUUCAUCGUAACUGAAACAAUUGUCGACAGAGGGGGUGAGUUAUACAUGACAUUCACCGUCUCCGAGGGAUCACCAAGCAUGCGCAUGAUGCUGGACUACAAGGGCACUUUUAAAUUUCUGGCGUGGAACAGCAACUCAUCAUCAUGGGAGGCUUUCAUAGAGCAUCCUAGUCCUAUCUGUGAACGCUACGCCUAUUGCGGACCAUUUGGCUACUGUGAUGCCGCUGAACCAGUUCCGAAAUGCAACUGCCUCAGUGGGUUUGAGCCUGAUGGCGUUAACUUCUCCAGAGGGUGUCGGAGAAAGGAGGAUCUGAAAUGUGGUAAAGACAAUAAUUUCUCGACUCUGAGAGGUAUGAAGACACCUGACAAGUUCUUGUAUGUCAGGAAUAGAAGCUUUGACCAAUGCACAGAAGAGUGCAGACGCAGUUGCUCUUGCUCCGCGUAUGCUUAUGCUGACCUGAAAAAUGGCAGCAGGGCUGCGGACCAGUCGAGGUGCUUAAUUUGGUUGGGAGAGCUUGUUGACACAGGGAAAUUUCGUGAUGGUGGUGGUGAGAAUCUGUACCUCCGCCUUGCCAGUUCAACAGUUGACAAUGAGAGUAAUGUAUUGAAGACUAUACUCCCAAUAGUGGCUAUUCUGCUGAUACUCACAUCCAUCUGCCUUGUAUGGAUAUGCAAGUCAAGAGUGUCAGGUAAACAACGAAUCAAGGAGAUUAAGAACAAACAUACACGACAGCACUUGCAAAAUUCCAAAUUGAACGAACUUGAGAAUGAAAGUAUAGACCUUCCAUAUAUCUGCUUUGAAGACAUUGUUACUGCAACAGACAAUUUCUCAGACUACAAAUUGCUUGGGAAAGGUGGCUUUGGAAAAGUUUACAAGGGACUAUUAGGAGGUGGUGGUAAGGAAGUUGCUGUCAAAAGGCUUAGUAAAAGUUCCGGCCAAGGGGCCGACGAGUUCAGAAAUGAAGUUGUUCUAAUUGCCAAAUUACAGCAUAGAAACUUAGUUAGACUUCUUGGUUACUGCACUCAUGAAGAUGAGAAGUUAUUGAUAUAUGAAUACUUACCUAACAAAAGCUUGGAUGCCUUCCUUUUUGAUGCAACAAGAAAUUUUGUGCUUGAUUGGCUGACUCGGUUCAAGGUAAUUAAAGGGAUAGCGAGAGGGCUUCUUUAUCUCCACCAAGAUUCAAGGUUAACAAUAAUUCAUAGGGAUCUCAAAGCAAGCAAUGUCUUGUUAGAUGCAGAAAUGAACCCUAAAAUAUCAGAUUUUGGUAUGGCAAGGAUAUUUGGAGGAAAUGAGCAACAAGCGAACACUAUACGCAUUGUUGGGACGUAUGGUUACAUGUCUCCUGAAUAUGCAAUGGAAGGUUCCUUUUCUGUCAAGUCUGACACGUAUAGCUUUGGCGUUCUACUGUUGGAGAUUGUAAGCGGGUUAAAGAUCAGUUCAGCCCAUUUCAUGACAGACUUUACAAACCUUGUAGCUUACGCCUGGAGCUUAUGGAAAGAUGGAAAUGCAAGAGAAUUGGUGCACUCGUCCAUUGUGGAGAACUGUCCACUUCAUGAAGUUAUACGAUGUAUUCAUAUAGGUCUCUUGUGUGUUCAAGACAAUCCAAAUGCCAGGCCGCUCAUGUCAUCCACUGUGUUCAUGCUAGAAAAUGAAACGGCCCCGCUUCCUACUCCGAAGGAGCCUCUAUACUUUAGGCGACGAUAUGAUGAGGUUGAAGACCAAAGAGAUACCAUGGGAAUAACCCUGAAUAAGAUGACUAUCACUAUGCAAGAGGGGCGUUAGAUGUUUAAUUCAUUGUUCUUCUUUUUUGUAAACUUCUCUAGUUUGUACAGGUGAACAGUUCAGCAAUUUAUCUUCCUAUGGACAAAUAAACAAUCUAUUGAGUACAUUGUAAUCCUGGUUGUGGUUUAUUUUCUUAGAUGGUUUCCAUGUUUGGAAUUUCCCUAUUUUGCUCAUAUGUUUCUCACCUUGCCAAGUGGAAGAGGCUGCCUGAUCAUGUGCGGAUCACUGCUUACAUGUGUUUUAUCUUCAAAUGAAUUUUCUGUAUCCAGCUUCCUUGGUUA